AUGGAUGCCCAAGACUGUCCCUGCGCCAGCGGAGGCGCAUGCACCUGUGGCAACAACUGUCAGUGUAAAAACAGCAAAUUCAAGUCAUGUAAAAAAUGUUGCUGCUCCUGUUGCCCGGUGGGCUGCUCCAAGUGCACCCAAAGGUGUGUCUGCAAGGAUCCCCCCCCCUCCACCAAAUGCAGCUGCUGCCAGUGAACCACCCCUCUGCUCCCGGAGAAUGGACCUGUAUAUUUGCCUGCAACA